AUGAUAAAAUUUUUAUUAUAUUUAUGUUUUAUAAUACCUUUAUGUUUUUUUAAAAAUAUAUUUUGAUUGGUUCAGAUAAUAUUAUUUUUUUUUAUAUUUUUAUUCAUAAUUAUUAGUAUAAAUUUAAUAAAUUUUUGUAAUUUAAGUUAUAUAUUAGGUUGUGAUAUAAUUUCAUUUGGUUUAAUUUUAUUAAGAAUUUGAAUUUGUUCAUUGAUAAUUAUAGCGAGAGAAAAUUUAUUUAAGGGGAAGUAUUAUACAAAUUUAUUUUUAUUAAAUAUUUUAUUUUUAAUAAUUAUGUUAUAUUUGACUUUUAGUUCUUUAAAUAUUUUAAUAUUUUAUUUAUUUUUUGAGGGGAGAUUAAUUCCUACUUUAGUUUUAAUUUUAGGUUGAGGGUAUCAACCUGAACGUAUUCAAGCAGGUUUAUAUUUAUUAUUUUAUACUUUAUUUGUUUCUUUACCUUUACUAAUAGGUUUAUUUUUUAUUUUUAAGGAUGUUAAUACGAUAAUUAUAUAUAUAUAUAAAUUCUAUUAUAAUACUUCUUUUAUUUUAUAUUUUUCAAUAAUUUUAGCUUUUUUUGUUAAAAUACCAAUAUAUUUUGUUCAUUUGUGACUUCCUAAAGCUCAUGUAGAAGCUCCUAUUUCUGGUUCUAUAAUUUUAGCGGGAGUUAUAUUAAAGUUAGGGGGAUAUGGUUUAUUACGGGUAAUAAUUAUUUUUCAAGAAAUUAAUUUAAAAAUUGGUAGAAUUUGAAUUAUUAUUAGAUUAUUAGGGGGUGUAUUUGUAAGUUUAAAGUGUUUUUGUCAAGUUGAUAUAAAAUCUUUAAUUGCUUAUUCUUCAGUUGCUCAUAUAGGAUUAGUUAUUGGAGGUAUUAUAACUUUAAAUUAUUGGGGAAUUUAUGGUUCUUAUAUUUUAAUAAUUGGUCAUGGUUUAUGCUCAUCUGGAAUAUUUUGUCUUUCUAAUAUUAAUUAUGAACGUUUAGGAACUCGAAGUUUAUUUAUAAAUAAGGGAAUAAUAAAUUUUAUACCUUCUUUAAGAUUAUGGUGAUUUUUAUUUAUAAUUGGUAAUAUGGCAGCGCCUCCUACAAUAAAUUUUUUUGGGGAAUUAAAGUUGAUUAAUAGAUUAGUAAGUUGAUCUUGAUUGACAAUAAUUAUAUUAAUAAUAAUUUCUUUUUUUAGAGCAGGAUAUAGUUUAUAUUUAUUUUCUUAUUCUCAACAUGGUAAUUUUAAUUUAGGUUUAUAUAGAUUUUAUUCUGGAGUUUCUCGAGAAUAUUUAUUAUUAUUUUUACAUUGAUUUCCUUUAAAUAUUUUUAUUUUUAAAUUUGAUUUUAGAAUUUGAAUUUAA